CUCUCUUUCUCUCAACUUCUCUUUUUAACAAACGAAAAAAGACAUGGGGCAUAGAAAUACCGUAUUGACAAUACUUCUAACCAUUUCUAUAGCCAUAAUGGUACUCAUUGCUACAGUAUUUGUUAGCAACAACAAAACAGAAACGUUGUUACAAACGCAUACGCAGACGCAAACGCUAAUUACAACGGGAAGGGUGAGCCGUUUCUUAGCGCAAAACGCAAAGAACGGUCGUAAUCUUAACGCAGCGGAUCAUUGCAAUAAAGAAGAGGAGAUAUGCAAGAGUCAAGGAAUGUACAACUCAACCAUGGCGUGUUGUAGCAACAAGUGUGUUGAUCUGGCGUACGAUAACGAUAACUGUGGCGCAUGUAAGAACCAAUGCAAGUUCACGCAGACUUGUUGUAGAGGAGAGUGCGUUUACUUAGCUUAUGAUAAGAGGCAUUGUGGGGAGUGCAACCAUAGUUGUUUGGUUGGUGAGUUUUGUGUCUAUGGGUUGUGUAAUUACGCAUGAUAUGUGAUUAGUUAGUUUUUAUAUGUUAAACUUUGGUAUUUUAUUAGUGUUUU